AUGGGACCACUCGGGACCGGUUACGAGAUUCUGGAUGAGUUGUUGAAGAAACCACAAUCGUUACGUUUCAUAUUCCAUUUGCUCGAGGUGCUGCAACCUGAAGACUACGAAGCAGAGAGUUGGCAGCUUGAGCCUGACGAGAAGCUGGCCAGUGUUACGGUGCUGAAACAGACCGGCAAU